CUUUGGUAUUGUGAACACUAAGGGAAAACUUCCGCAAUUGAAUAUUGUGUAAACAUGGCAGAGGGUGGAGUGCCACAAGAAGGAGAGGAGCGGUUACCCAAACUAGAGGAUUUCCUGAACAAUGAGGAACUCAGGCGUCUCUAUCAAGACCCAGAGGUUCAAAUGAUUUUUACUGAAAUUGAAAACAACCCUGCCACAAUACAUCACCAUCACAAUCACCCAAAAGUCCAGCAAGUUCUGCGACUGAUUCAGUCCGAAUUUGACCGACAACCACUUUCCACGAGCCAAGGAGAAGAAUUUGAGCAAAUGACAAGGCCAACAGAAAACAAUGACGAUAUUGACAUUGAGGACAUCAUAAAAAUUAUAGAAAUGGAGGAAAACAGUCCAGGACAUUCCUAAUGUUUGCUGAGGGGACAACAGGAACUUCAGCAGAAAAAAAAUCUUUAAACUUCAUAGAAUGAUCAACUCUGCAGUAUUAAAAAUCCACAAUAAGAAAUCAUUUUUUGUCUUCUUUUGUAUAUAUUUAUUUAAAUGAACGUGACAAUUUUACAUGAGUGAUGAUUUUUUGAUGAGUAUUGUCUAUGACAAUAU